UUCAAGUAAAUAAACUUUUGUUGUGAGGUUUUUCAGUUAAAUGUGCAAAAGAGAUUAUUUAUUUUCUAUUUUAAUACAGGGAUCAUCUUUUAUUCUUACAGUGCUUGUAUACACAAAUUGAAAUCAUGAUUACAAACUGCAUUUUUCGUUUUAGAGGUAUGUGCAACACAUAUACUAUUUUAAAAGCGGGCAUGGCUGCCCAAAGCAAAAAGGAUUUCGAAGCUAUAGAAAUCUAUAAUAAACUUAGGAAGAAGCCUUUAGCGGAUACAUCCUAUUCAGCUUCUGAGUUAAAAGAAGCACAAUUUUACUUUGACAAAGUCCGAGAGUUUAGAAAACGAUCCGAAGAAGGUUUUGAGCCUUCAAAAUUAUUCAUGGUUUGGAAAAUCGCAUCAUUGGUUGGGAGACCUAUUUGGGAAAAAGAAGCCAUUAUAAAGUUAGGUUUGGCAGAUCAUAAAAUAAAAUAUGCUAUUGUAAUGAAUACAGCAUCUAAUAACAAAUUUUUGUGGUCAAUAAAACACCUAAUUCGUGUAAAACCGAUCACAUUUCCUGACGGUUUUCCUACAGAAGAUGACUCUUACUGUACCUUUUUGAAGCAAACUGGUGAAUUAAUUAUAGCUUCACGUUUGAAAGUUGACCCCGAAGACUUAGAAAGAAAUUCAGACUAUGAAAAAACCAAGUUAGAUCACAGAACUGUGAGAGAAAAUCUAAGAAUCAAAUGGAAUCAAGGCUAUCCACUUAUGUAUUAAAUGUUUAUUUUCAAGUUGUGUGGUUCGUUAAUAAAUCAUAUGGAAUAAA